GAAAUACAAAUACUGAGCUCCUGGUGCAUGUCAUAUGCAGAAUGCUAAUACAAGGCACACAGACUUCAUCAUCAUGGCAGAUGGAGAAAUGUGGUUUGAAGGGAUACUUUUCCCUAAUGUUUUCAAGCCUGAAAUACUAAGAGAUAUAGGGGACAACUUUGUGGUGAAGAAUGAUGAUACAAUAAUAGUGACAUAUCCUAAAUCAGGAACCAACUGGUUAAUUGAGAUUGUCAGUCUGAUUUAUUCCAAGGGGGAUCCCCAGCAGAUCCAAACAGAACCAGCUUGGGAACGUUCACCAUGGAUAGAGUCUAAUAUUGGAUAUGAAAUAUUGCUGAAUCAGUGUGGCCCACGCAACUACACAACCCACCUCCCAAUCCAACUCUUUCCAAAGACUUUUUUCAGUUCCAAGGCCAAGGUGAUUUACCUCAUUAGGAAUCCCAGAGAUGUUCUUGUGUCUGGUUAUUUCUUCUUCAAAGAAUUGUCUAUUGUCAAGACGCCUGAUAAGCUGCAAGAAUAUUUUGAAUUGUUCCUCAAAGGAAGUGUGGCAUAUGGAUCAUGGUUUGAGCACAUUCGUGGCUGGCUGUCCAUGAGAGAGAAAAAAGAUUUCCUGCUGCUCAGUUAUGAAGAACUGAAGGAGAAUACAAGAAGCACUGUAGAGAAGAUCUGUGAGUUCUUGGAAAAGAAAUUAAAACCAGAAGAAAUAGAUUUAGUACUCAAGUAUAGUUCCUUUAAAUACAUGAAAGAAAACCAGUUGUCCAGUAACAAACAGAUGAUUGAUCAUUUUAAAAAUAAGAAUUUGACAUUUACAAGAAAAGGAGUCACUGGGGACUGGAAGAAUCACUUCACUGUAGCCCAAGCUGAAGUAUUUGAUAAAAUAUAUCGGGAGAGGAUGGCAGGAUACCCCCCAAAGCUGUUUCCAUGGGAAGAUAGUUGAAAAUUUCUACAUGUUAUACAGAUACUGAUGUUUUCCUGACCUUGGUCUUUUGCAUAUUUGGGAGGUCAUAGCAUAAUACCUAUGAUUUUAUUGUGAAGCCUUGAAUUAUCAAAUCUUUACAUUUUUCAUGGCCUACUUCUUACAAAUUAUCUCUUAACCCAUAGUAAUUUCAUAGAAUCAUAGAAUCUACACAUUAGAAAUUCUCCAUAGUGUUCAUAAUAUACUAAAAGCAUAAAAAUUAUCACAAAUUGUGUCAAAUUGAUCUUUUGUUUUAAAGAGAGAAAUAAAAAUAA